AUGGCUGCCAUUAACACUGCUCUCGUCGCCCGCGAGGCUAUAAGCACGCUCGUCAAGCGCAAGAGCUGGCCUGCCGAAAAUGCCGGUGUCAUGGUGGUGUUCUGCAUUGUCUUUGUCGUUGCCGUCGGUCUCAUUGGUCUCUGGAUCGCCAAAUUCCUCUCCCGACGUAGGGAGGCCAAGGAGCGCGCCCAGGCCAAGUACUAG